UGUCAGCUUCACUGUGGCGUUUUGUGAGGACCUCCGUUGCUCUGAAAACACAAAGCCUCUGGAUACUGAGUGGUUGACCAUGGCGUCUGACUCGCCGCGCAGACCUAGCCGCUGUGCUGGUGGGGUUGUGGUUCGAGCACAGGCUGCAACUGAGCAGUCGUACAUGGAGAGUGUAGUUACUUUCCUGCAGGAUGUAGUCCCUCAGGCAUACACUGGGGCACCUCCAAAUGAUGAAAAAGAGAAAAUAGUUUGGGUCCGUUUUGAAAAAACAGACAUUAACGAUGUGGCCCGCUUACCAGAGUUCCAAGAGAUGCACAGCAGCGGCAAUGACCCACCUCUCUGCUUGAUGAUUGGCUAUACUGACGGAAUGCAGAUUUGGAGCAUAUCACUGAAUGGGGAGGCGCAGGAGCUCUUCUCUGUGCGGCAUGGGCCUGUGCGAACUGCUAGGAUCCUGCCUGCUCCACAUAUCAGUUCCCUCAACAUUGACAGCUUCGCUGAGAAACGGCCCCUCCUCGGCGUGUGCAAGAGCACGGGUUCUUCAGGGACGAGUCCUCCUUAUUGCUGUGUGGACCUUUAUUCAUUAAGGACUGGAGAAAUGGUGAAGUCCAUACAGUUCAAAACACCCAUCUAUGAUCUACACUGCAACAAAAGGAUCCUCGUGGUUAGUCUUCAAGAAAAGAUCGCCGCCUUUGACAGCUGCACCUUUAUGAAAAAGUUCUUUGUCACAAGCUGCUACCCAUGUCCUGGGCCCAACUUCAACCCUAUAGCGCUGGGAAGUCGGUGGUUGGCCUAUGCUGAGAACAAGCUGAUCCGGUGUCAUCAGUCCCGUGGUGGGGCAUGUGGAGAUAAUGCCCAGUCCUACACUGCCACUGUCAUCAGUGCUGCCAAAACAUUAAAAACGGGACUGACCAUGGUGGGGAAGGUUGUGACCCAACUUGCUGGUACCCUGCCAUCAGGGGUGCCUGAUGAGGAGGGCACAGCCCACAGUGGUACCCGCCGCAGCCCUCACCAGCCUGGUGUGGUCACCAUCAUAGACACCCACACUGUGGGAGAAGGACAGGUUCUUGUUAGUGAGGAUUCUGAUGGCGAAGGAGUGAUUGCACAUUUUCCAGCACACGAUAAGCCUAUAUCCUGCAUGGCGUUUAAUCCGAGUGGUAUGUUACUGGUGACCGCUGACACCCUUGGCCAUGAUUUCCACGUUUUCCAAAUCUUGACUCACCCGUGGGCAUCAUCCCAGAGUGCGGUUCAUCAUCUAUACACACUGCACAGAGGAGAGACUGAGGCUAAGGUGCAGGACAUCUGCUUCAGCCAUGACUGCCGCUGGGUGGUGAUCAGUACUCUCCGUGGCACGUCUCAUGUCUUUCCCAUCAACCCCUACGGUGGUGCGCCAUGUGCUCGCACCCACAUGUCUCCCCGUGUGGUCAAUCGCAUGAGCCGUUUCCAGAAGAGUGCUGGACUGGAGGAGAUAGAACAAGAGCUGAGCAGCAAACAGGGUGGCCGAUGUAGCCCCAUUCCCGGCCUCUCCAGUAGCCCAUCUGGAUCACCACUCCAUGCCAAACUUACCAGUCAAGAGUCUUACAACAACUUCACCAACAACAACAUGGGUAACCCACGUCUGUCUUCAUUACCCAGUUUGACGGUUGUGCUACCACUGGCUCAGAUCAAACAACCCAUGACCUUGGGCACCAUCACCAAGCGCACAGGACCCUACCUCUUUGGGGCCGGAUGUUUUUCCAUUAAAACUCCAUGCAAAGCCAAGCCGCCUCCUCAGAUCUCCCCCAGUAAGUCCAGCGGUGGGGAGUUUUGUGUGGCUGCAGUCUUUGCCUCAUCCCGCUCCUGGUUCAUCACCAACCCCAACAUGAAGAGAGAGAAAGAUCAGUCUCGCCAGGCGGUUGUCGAAUCGCUGUACAUCCUGAGUUGUUACGGCAACCUGGUGGAGCACGUUUUGGAGCCUCGACCAAUCAGCACAGUUCAGAAGAUAAGCGACGACACGCCUUUGGAGCUGAACACCUGUCCGAGAGCCUGUUGGAAUCUAGCCAGGACACCGCAGUGGAAUGAGCUACAACCACCUUUCAACAGCAACCACCCCUUGGUGCUGGCCUCGGACUUCGUGCAGUACUAUCAAUACCUCCUGGCUGGAUUGGUUCCUCCUGGCAGUCCUGGCCCCAUCACCCGGCAUGAGUCUUAUGACAGUCUGGCUUCUGAUCACAGUGGUCAGGAGGAUGAAGAAUGGCUCUCACAGGUGGAGAUUGUGACCCACACCGGCCCUCACAGGAGACUGUGGAUGGGCCCUCAGUUUCAGUUCAAGACCAUCCAUCCCUCAGGUCAGACCACUGUCAUCUCCUCCAGCUCCUCUGUACUGCAGUCGCAGGGGCCCAGUGACACCCAGCAGCCUCUUCUUGAUUUCGACACAGACGACCUGGACCUGCACAGCCUCAGGAUCCAGCCAGUGCGUUCAGAGCCCGUUAGCAUGCCUGGUUCCUCUCGCCUGGUGGCUGACCGCAGAGGCCAAUCUACAGUCAUAGAUACAGGCUCAGGCAUGUUUGACCGCAGCGUCACCCUGCUGGAGGUGUGUGGCAGCUGGCCUGAGAGUUUCGGACUGCGUCACAUGCCCUCUGUGGAAGCCACUGAAGAGGGCCUGAAGGAGAGGCUGGCGGACGCCAUGUCAGAGUCGCCCAGCAGAGACAUUGUGGGAUCUGGAACAGCAGAGCUCCAGCGUGAGGGAAGCAUUGAGACUCUCAGCAACAGCUCGGGCUCCACUAGCGGCAGUAUUCCUAGAAACUUUGAGGGCUACCGGUCGCCUCUGCCCACCAACGAGAGCCAGCCCCUCAGCCUGUACCCCACAGCAUUCCCCUGAGCCAACCCAAGCCUGCAGACAAUCUCCACAAUUUCCCACCAUCCGGUAUAUUGCUUUAAUGAGCCUGGGCAUGCAGGAAGAGCAGCUCAACCUGAAUAUCCUUUAUCAGUCGUUGAAGUAUCCUCCACCUGAGUGUGUGUGUGCGUGCGUGCGUGUGUGUUAAGCUUGACAGGACGUACUGUACAAGAGAUAUCCACACUUUUCUUAAAGACAUGUCAUAUUAUUAAUAUCAAUAAUAUCAAUUGAACUUCCAGUGAGUAUGUGUGAUGGAGAGAGAGAGAGAGUGAGUGAGUUCUUUAAAUAUGAGUCUUGAUUACCUCUGCUAUUGAGUUCUAAGCGUAACGCUGAUUAUUAUUAUUCUAAAAAUAGUGUUUGAUUAUGUUUUAGUCGAUGUACUGUAGUUUGAAUUGUCUUUUUUAAGUAGUCAAAAUUGAUUGUUUACCAUUUAAGUCUUGCAUUACGCUAUAGUGUUUAUUAAUCUGCACAUUAUUUUCUGUAUAUUUGAUUAGAUUUUUUAUUAAGAGUUUUGAAACAUCGUCUGUUUCGUCAACCCAGUGGUGUGGGAAAAUGACUACAGCUAUGGCGGAAGAAUUAGGAGAGUACUUGAAAAUUCUCAGUCCUCGAAGUCACAGUUUAGUUAUGCUUUUGAGUCAAAUGGAAGUGUUUUAUUAUUAUGUAAAAUAACAAAAUUUAGUGAUGUUAAAUGUCUGGUGUAACUUUUUCAAAUACAAAUGUUGGCAUUUAGACCAUUUUUGCAUAUAAUAACAAUAGUUGGCCUGUUUUUUUCAGUAAACACAAUAGCAAGAUUUGAACAGUUAAAAGGAUAGUUCACUCAAAAAUGAAAUUUGAGUCUCUUUCUUAAUGGAGAUAAAGUGAAGAAGGCUUGAAAGCAGCAACCAUUAACUUCUGCCGUCAUUUUAUUUCCUACUACUUUUUGUAGCACAGGUUGUACUUUUUUGUAGCAAUUGUCAAUGGCUGCUGCCUUCCAACAUUCUUCAGAAUAUCUUGUCAACAGAAGAAAGCGGUUUAGAAACACUUGAGUGAGAGUAAAUGGUGAGAAAAUGUUCAUUUUUGGGUGAACUGUCCCUUUAAGAAAGCAAUGUUUGUUGUAAAAACCCUGAUUUUCAUUUGUUAUUCUGCUCAGACAUUUUCUGAAAAUAUCAAAUGCUCUAAAUCACAAUAUUUAUGUUUGAAAUGAGUUCUCAUACCUUUAUAUAAUAAAACAAAUAUGAAUAUUUGACUUAAACUGACUUUUCAAGUAUUUCUUUUUACUUUUUCCAUAGCUGUGUCUUACAUUUUAGCUAAUUAGUAGCUAAUUUGUAUGAAAAUGUAUGUAUUGUUUUUAACACAGACCUAAAACACAAUACAUAUUCAUACAAACGAAUCACAAACUCAUCAAAUCGAUAAAUAGUAUGUUGGUUUCUAAAAAAAAAAAAAAAAUUCCUAUUUUCUUUUCUAAAUUCCCUGGAUUCCACUAAUUUUUUCUUAUUUAUAUUAUAGUUAAAUGUGUUAAUUCUUUCACAAGGGAUUUUUGUUUAUUCAUUUUUCUCUAUUUGAUUUACAUUAUUGGAUGUGUGUGAGGCUCAUCCUCAUGAUAAUCUAAUGGAGAAUUGCAUUAUUUAGAUGAUUUACACCAACGGUCUCAAACUCAAUUCCUGGAGGGCCGCAGCUCUACAUAGCUUAACUCCACCCACCAACAACUCACGCUUGCUUAUUAGUCUUGAACACCUUGAUCAGUUGGAUCAGCUGUGUUUGAUUAGAGUUGGAGAAAAACUGUGCAUAGCUGUGGCCCACCAGGAAUCCAGUUUGAGACCUAUGAUUUACACACUACUCCAAAAUUUGAAAAAUCACCAUAAUCAUCAAUAUAUCAUAUUAAAUUCGCGCUUGUAUAACUCUUGUAUAGUGCUGAACAACUUGCUUGACUGGAUGUAACAUUUUCUAGCAUAAAUAGCAGUGGAUCUGAUAUAAGAAGCAUGAAUCAUGCUGCUCAUCAUCAGCUUGUCUGAAUGCUGACAGAUCAGAGCAUGGCCGAAGUCUGAGUCGCAGAAAAGAAAAAGCAAACCUAACAGGGUUGUUCAGCAUUAAAGUUGGCACAUGCUUGUAUGAAUUUGACGGCGUUUUUGUAAUAACACUUUCACAAUGUGAUAUUUAAAUAGGAAUUUAUGCAAGUGAGUUUAACGAGUCAUUUGUGUGUUGCUUAAUAGAUGCAUUCUGACUUUGUCUUUCUUUUCCCUGGUUAUUAACUUACCUUGCUCUCUCCUGAAUAUAUUUCUUAUACAAAAUAAUAAAUAAAUGCAUUCAAAUGAUGAGAUACAAAUCUGGGCCUGCGGCUGUGAAUCUCAAUCACUGUUU